UCGUCGAACUCUCAACCCAGACCAGAGCAGCGGCGAUAACUCGGCGGCUCCACCGCUCGCAGGGGAGAAGCACCCGAGAGAGGCGUUCCUCCGAAUCCGCUCGGGAAGAAGAAGGCGAGAGGGCGGGCCACCAUGAGGCGCUCCUCCAAGAAGUCGUCGUCGUCCGCCGCGGCCGGUGAGGAACAAGUAAAUGAAAAACCAAACAGAAAAAGAAAAGGAGUCAGUACAAAUCUGACCAGCGGGAAAGCACAACGUGGUCCCACUAAAGCUGUUUCCAAGGAAGUAGAACGGAUUGACCAACUUUUCUAUACUUAUGCCGACAGCUCAUCCGGCAUGAUUGACCCAGAAGGCAUUGAAACACUUUGCUCUCAUCUUGAUGUUCCCCAUACCGAUGUUCGGAUUCUGAUGUUAGCAUGGAAAAUGGGCUGUGAAAAGCAAGGUUAUUUUACUCUGGAUGAGUGGAGAACUGGCAUGAAAGCUCUGCGAGCUGAUAGUAUUAGUAAGCUGAAGAAGGCGUUCCCGGAACUGACACAAGAAGUUACAAGGCCUACUAAUUUCCAGGAUUUCUAUCAGUUUGCUUUCCGUUAUUGCCUCACAGAGGAUAAGAAGAAGUGUAUUGAAAUACCAGUUGCUUGUGAGUUGCUGAAUCUAGUAUUAGGCUUGCAGUUCCGCCCCCAAGUCGAGAAACUUAUUAAUUACCUCAAGUACCAAAACGAGUACAAGGUUAUAAACAUGGAUCAGUGGAUGGGAUUUCUUCGGUUCUGCAAUGAGAUAAACUUCCCAUCGCUUGACAAUUAUGAUGAAGACCAAGCCUGGCCUUUAAUUUUAGACAACUUCGUUGAAUGGUUAAGAGCAAAUAAAAAUUAGCUCCCUUAUAUUCAAGGGGUUGUGGAGAUGUCAUCCAGAAGUAAUACUCAGGAAUCACAUUGGAGGCUUUUGAAGGGUGCAGAUCCAGCGGGUUUGUGAGUGCUGCUUUUGAAGUCUGGUUUCAGGAAUCGUCAACCGCCUUGUAUUUUGCUUUUUUGCAUUUUUGAUUCUAGAAACAGUUUGCAGGGCCGCUAUCUAGAAAUUUUGGAUGCUUGUGAAUGCUCUAUUGCUACUAUUGCAUGCAAUGGGUUCUUAGGUGUAUAGUUAUCAGAGCAUGCAAGCUUGCAGGAAGUCUUGAAUGAAUGGCACGUGUUGGGUGUGGUUUAUUUGUUA